UAUUACAGUGUUACACUAAACAGGAAGCAGAACAAACUUUCAAGAUUUUUUUUCCAUACAAAAUUCAGAAAAACCCCAAGUUAAUUUUAAUUUUCUGCAAGAUUUUACCCUUUAAAUCAAUAAUAAUAAUAUUAUAAAUCAUAUAUUCCAAUCUUGUUAACAAGGUGAGUAAAUUCAAUUCAGUAACUCCCUUUUUCUUGUUACCACAUAUCUUUUGUGUUAGUGCUCUUUUUUUUUUUUUUUUUUGUUACAAGCAAAAGAUUCAAGAUUAUCUCUUUGUUUUGAAAAGUUGAGAUCUUUGAGAAAGGUGGGGUGUUUUGUUUUGCCUUAUUGAAGCAUUUCUAGUUGUUUUGUUUAUAAUUGUGAUGUAUGAGUAAGCUUUUGCACACUUCGAUUAAGUAUCAGGUAACUCUAUCCACUGGUGCUAGGAUAGAUGGGAGUUUUUGUCUCCGCCGGGAUUUGAACAUGAGACCUCAUGGUUCUCCGCAGAAAUUUCCAUUAGAAAGGGUCUUCUUGUUAAGGGAUGAUGACCCUUUGCAGUUAGCUCAGUGAAUAUCUCAUUUGUUUUGCAAAGUUAAGAUCUUUGAGAAAGAUGGGGUGUUUUGUUUUGCCUUAUUAAAGCAUUUCUAGUUGUUUUGUUUAUAAUUGUGAUGUCUGAGUCAGCAUUUGCGCACCUCAACUAAGUAUCAGGUAACUCUAUCCACCAGUGCUAGGAUUGUUUUUGUCUCCACUGGAAUUUAAACAUGAGACCUCAUGGUUCUCCGCAGAAAUUUCCAUUAGAAAGGGUCUUCUUGUUAAGGGAUGAUGACCCUUUGCAGUUAGCUCAGUGAAUGUCUCUUUUGUUUUGCAAAGUUAAGAUCUUUGAGAAAGAUGGGGGUGUUUUGUUUUGCCUUAUUAAAGCAUUUCUAGUUUUUCGUUUAUAACUGUGAUGUCCGAGCCAACUUUUGUUCACCUUACACCUCCCACUAGCGAUAAGUAGCAGGUAACUCUAUCCACGUAGGCUAGUAUAGAUGGGAGUUUUUGUCUCCACUGGGAUUUGAACGUGAGACCUCAUGGUUCUCACUCACCUCCUAUCAAUUUACUGAAAUUUCCAUUAGAAAGGGUAUUCUUGUUAAGGGAUGAUGACCCUUUGGAGUUAGCUCAGCGAAUAUCUCUUUUGUUUUGCAAAAUUAAGAUCUUUGAGAAAGAUGGGGUCUUUUCUUUUGCCUUAUUGAAGCUUUCUUGGUUUCAAGUUUUCUUCAUCAGUUUACUGAAAUUUCUACUUAAAGGGGACUUCUUGUUAAGGGAUGAUCCAUGACUUUCCUUAUUUCAGUUAUUUCGUUCUCUAUAUAUGUUGCGUUGGACUGUUUAUUCUUGAGCUGAGGGUCUAUCGGAAACAGCCUCUCUACCCAUAAGGUACUGGUACGGCCUGCAUACAUUCUACCCUCUCCAGACACCACUUUGUGGGAUUACACUGGGUAUGUUGUUGCCGUGGUUAAGAGGAUGGUUCCAGUUUUCUCCAUCAUUUUGCUGAAAUGUCCAUUAAAAAGGUCUUCUUGUUAAGGAAUGAUGAUGGCCAUUUGCAGUUGUCGCUCUGAGUUUAUUUAGGAAAGUAACUGUUGUGGCUUCAACAAUUUGGGUUAUGUUUGUUCAACUUAUUCAGUUCUUGUACUUGCCUAUUUCAAAAUUUGCUGGUUCAUGUUAAAGAUCGUUCCUGUUUCUGUGUUGAACUAUGUUAUUUCGUGUAAAUGCGUUGAUUAAAUCCAGAAAUUAUUACUAUAGCUGGAACGCUGAAGGCAUCAUCAAUUUCAGAUUCUUACAGACAAUGGGGGCUUCAGAAGCUGCCCUACAGCUUUUGUCCACUGACCUUUCAUGUCAAGUCCGAACAAGUUCAAUCUUGGCGAAGUCAAACUCUUUACUUUGUUAUGAGCAAUGUUUUAAAACUAGACAUUGCGGGGACUGGAGGUAUAAGCAGAUAAAGGGUUUAAGAAAGCUGCAAAAUUGCUCGAGGUUACAUGCUUUCCGUGGCUUACAUAGUGUUUUCCACGGAGAAAAGCUUCAUAAUCGGUCUAAUUUAUUGAUCUGCAAUUGCCAACAACCUGAAAGAGUCAGUGAGACAAUCAUUAAAGGUGGAAAUGGAAAGUCAAUGCACACCGUGUCUCCAAAGAUUCCAAAUCAUACUCCAGAUGAACAGAACAUGAAGCAGGAAAAUGGAGCUAGGCCUUUCAGUGAAGGUUUUAAAACUGCUGCCGCAGUUAACAGUAGGCCUAGAAACAACACGGAGUCUAUUGAGGAUGAAGCUUGGCAUUUUUUGCGAGCCGCCAUGGUUUAUUAUUGUGGCAGCCCGGUUGGAACUAUAGCUGCUAAUGAUCCAAGUGAAGCAACUAUCCUAAAUUAUGAUCAAGUAUUUAUACGUGAUUUUAUACCUUCUGGGAUAGCAUUCCUUCUAAAAGGAGAAUAUGAUAUCGUGAAGAACUUUAUACUUCACACACUUCAGUUACAGAGUUGGGAGAAAACUAUGGACUGCUAUAGUCCAGGUCAAGGACUUAUGCCUGCCAGCUUCAAAGUACGUACAGUUCCCCUUGAUAAUGACGAAUCUGCAACAGAAGACGUACUAGAUCCAGAUUUUGGUGAGGCUGCAAUUGGUCGAGUGGCACCUGUAGAUUCAGGAUUAUGGUGGAUUAUACUGCUGCGAGCAUAUGGGAAAUGCUCUGGAGAUCUUUCUCUUCAGGAGAGGGUUGAUGUCCAAACUGGAAUGAAGAUGAUACUCAGGCUAUGUCUUGCUGAUGGUUUUGAUAUGUUUCCAACUUUGUUGGUGACUGAUGGUUCUUGCAUGAUAGAUCGUCGCAUGGGAAUCCAUGGCCACCCUCUGGAAAUUCAGGCGUUAUAUUAUUCAGCCUUACUUGGUGCACGGGAGAUGCUUGCUCCAGAAGAGGAAUCAACAGACCUUGUUAGAGCACUUAACAAUCGUCUACUAGCAUUGUCAUUUCAUAUUAGGGAAUACUACUGGAUCGAUGUGAAAAAAUUGAACGAGAUUUAUAGAUAUAAAACAGAGGAAUAUUCAUACGACGCAAUCAAUAAGUUUAACAUAUAUCCAGAUCAAAUUCCUCCCUGGCUAGUGGAAUGGAUGCCUAGUGAAGGGGGUUAUCUUAUUGGAAACCUACAACCUGCUCACAUGGACUUCCGGUUCUUUUCUCUCGGGAACUUGUGGUCCAUUGUAAGUAGUCUUGCUAACAUAGAUCAGUCACAUGCCAUUUUAGAUCUUAUUGAAGCCAAAUGGGAGGAGUUAGUAGCUGAUAUGCCACUGAAGAUAUGCUAUCCUGCUCUUGAGGGCCAGGAAUGGCGCAUUAUUACUGGUGGUGAUCCGAAAAACACACCUUGGUCUUACCAUAAUGGAGGAUCCUGGCCAACUUUGCUCUGGCAGUUGACUGUGGCAUGCAUCAAAAUGAAGAGGCCCGAAAUCGCAGAAAAGGCAAUUAAGAUUGCAGAAAGACGCUUAGCCAGAGACAGAUGGCCCGAGUACUAUGAUACAAGGCGAGGAGGGUUCAUCGGAAAACAGGCACGCCUUUUUCAGACAUGGACUAUUGCAGGAUAUCUAGUGGCAAAGCUGCUUAUUGCCAAUCCAGAAGCUGCAAAGAUGGUAAUCAAUGUGGAGGAUACAGAACUACUAAGUGCCUUUUCAAGCAUACUGAGUUCAAACCCAAGGCGAAAACGUUCAAGAAAAGGAGUCAAACAGUCAUUCAUCAUAUGAAGUUUUCUUUUUUGUUUUGUGUAAUAUUGGCCUAAAAUGAGCUCAAAUGGAACGAUAUGGUCAGUGGAGAUUCAUACAGUCGACCCCUAGAUGCUUGUAAUUGAAUCAUACUUCCUGUUGUCACUUAAAGCUUUGUAUAGUUACUAUAUAUGCGCGAUAUACAUAGAGUGUGUUGAAAAAUUGUUGCAGCAUGUCAUGUGAAGAUGUUAUAUUGUAUCAACUUUUCCUCCUGUAAAUUAGCCUGUCUCAGCACAUUGUA